GGAGCUUUGUCAGGACUUGCAAAGAAAAGAUUGAAAGAAAAACCCUGUGUGACAGUUUUCGAUUCACAGGGCUGUUAAACAGAUCAAGUUCAUGAUGCAGCUUUACGGAGCUCUGGUUCUGUUUCUGACUUUCUCUUCUGCUUGUGGACUGAGAUGCUACUCAUGUACAGCAGCUGAUCCGAAGUCCUGCACAGACACCACAGCUUGUUCUGUGUUAUUUAACCGAUGUUCUUCUCUCAAGAUAGGGACGAAUGUGGUAAACAAGGGCUGCAUGACCAGCCCAGCAUGCAUUGCACCUAUAACUUGCUGUGAAGGCGACUUGUGCAACGGUGCCGUACCAACUGGUCCUGGUGUCAUCGUGCUGCUGCUGUCCUCAGCCCUAAUUACGCUCUUUAUUUAAGGCUCUAAAAUUUUCUUCUUUUUGUGCUUCAUUGUUUGGUUUCAUCAUGCACUCAGGACAAACAUGCUGCAUUUUUAUGAAUCAUUUAAUACAUGCUUGACUCUUGUAAAAAUGAAACAGUAAAAAUAUGUGAACCCUGAUUGAAUGAAUUAAUAAACUGCUCAGUCUACAAA